GAAGUAAUCCAUGUUGCUUGUUGCGGAUUUAAUUACGGUUGCACAAAAUGACUGAUUUGACAUUCCCUUGAUAGAUAAUACAUUAGAAGGGGAAAAGAUCAAACCGUUGGUUAUCGGGAAGUCGAAAAAUCCAAGGUGUUUCAGUGGUAUCAAACAGGAUCGUCUGCCGGUAAUGUACAAAUCUAACAAGAAAGCCUGGAUGACUGGCGAAAUCUUUGAAGAAUGGCUACACUGGUUUGACAGACAAAUGAAAGGUAGAAAAGUGCUUCUUUUUGUGGACAAUGCACCAUCCCAUCCUCAGGUUAAUCUCAAAAAUGUCAGUGUUAAGUUCUUACCAGCAAAUACAACAUCUCUAUGCCAACCAAUGGACCAAGGAAUAAUUCAGGCAAUGAAACUCAAGUACAGGAAGAAACAACUACAGUACGUGAUCAGUCAAAUGGAACUUAAGCAGGGAAAAAGUGGAUUUGAUCUGUUGAAAGAUAUAAGUGUGCUGGAUGCAAUUUACUGGGUUGCACGUGCAUUUAAAGAAGUUGAAAUAAGCACCAUUGUUAAGUGUUUCGCGAAGUGUGGAUUUCAGUUAAACAGUGUUGAAAGUGAAAGUGAAUGCACAGUGUUGAACGAUUCAGAGAGUGAUGAAGAGGAGGAUGAUAACUAUCCAAUAGCGCUUCAUGUAAUGGCUCGACAGUUGUUCGAUUGUGAUUUUAUGGAAUUGUUGAAUAUUGACAAGGAGUUCAAAACAUGUGAUUCUGAAAUGAAGGACUGGGACAGGCCUGCUACUGAGUUGCUUUCGGAAAUGAAAGAGCAGGUCAGUGAUGAAACAUCUGACUGUGAGGAUGAUCAGCUUCAAGAACAAGAAGAUAAUGUGUGUUCUACAAAUGAGUGCUUGGAAAUGAUUGAAAAACUUAAAAAGUAUGCAGUAGCCCAUGGAAAUGAAAAUCUUCUUGGUACAUUUGUUGAUGCCGAGGACAUUAUCACAAGCCAAAAACUUGUAGGGAACACUAAGCAAAGUAAGAUCAGUGACUUCUUUGCCAAACGCUGAACAUUUCGGGUUACAUGUAUGUCAUAUGUGAAGGUCUUAAAAUUUGUGUGACUGUCACAUUUUCUGAGAAAUGCAUUUAACAUGUAAUAUAUAAACUCUUAGUCAUAUAUAUUAGAUCAAACAUAAUGAUGAAUGAUGAUGAUGAUGAUGACCAAGUUUGUGUGCUACCAUUACUUUUACUUACAACGAUUGUUAAUUUCAUGUUUUCAGUUUGUAUUGCUGUACUGAAGUUGAUAAAUGUAUAUGAAAAUAUGAAAAUUGAAUUAUCUGAGAAUACAUUUAACAUUUAAUGACAAAUGAAUUCCU